AUGCUCUCUUGCGGAAAACUAGCUCUGAUCUUCCUUGCCGCCAGUGUGCAGGAGGCUGUGGCUUCUCUCUCAUCGGGCUGUGGUAAAGCUGUAGGCACUAGCAGUGGCACUAAAUCCAUGACAGUGAACGGCAAGACGCGGCAGUACAUCCUGCAGCUUCCGGCCAACUACAAUGCCAGCAGCGGUUACAAGCUCAUUUUUGGGUAUCACUGGCGUGAUGGUACCAUGAAUAAUGUUGCCCCUGGCUACUAUGGCCUACGGGAUUUAGCACGAGAGACGGCUAUCUUCGUUGCGCCACAGGGCCUGAAUAACGGUUGGGCGAAUAGCGGAGGAGAGGACCUCACAUUUACCGACCAGAUGGUGGAUUAUAUCACUUCCAACGCCUGUGUCGACAAAGACCAGAUAUUCUCCACGGGGUGGAGUUAUGGCGGCGCUAUGACCUUCGAGCUGGCUUGCUCCCGUCCAAAUGUCUUCAAGGCGGUAGCCGUUAUUGCCGGGGCUCAGCUCAGCGGAUGCGACGGCGGAACCACGCCAAUCCCGUACCUCGGCAUCCACGGCGUGGUCGACAGCGUUCUCCCCAUCAAUCUUGGCCGAGGUCUACGCGACAAGUUCCUCCAGCUCAACGGCUGCACUUCUAAGAACGCUCCUGAGCCGGCCGGCGGCUCUGGCACGCACAUCAAGACAACGUUCGACUGCAGACCCGGCUACCCGGUCUGGUGGAUUGCUCAUUCCGGUGAUCACGUCCCAGACCCCAAGGACGCCGGCCGGAGUCAAUCGUGGGCACCCGGAGAAACUUGGAGUUUCUUCACCCAGCCGGGCUUGAAAGGGCAGAGCGGUGGCAGCAGUAGCAGUGUAACAACGACGUCUAAGAUAUAUUUUACAACUUCCUCCACCACUCCAACAACAACAGCAGGUAGUGAUAGCUGCGCGGCCAGAUACAGCCAAUGUGGAGGUGUUGGAUGGUCGGGGCCAACAUGCUGCCAAUUGGGAGCCACAUGCAGGUACUCCAAUGAUUGGUAUUCCCAAUGCCUUUAA